CAGAUCAUGGUUCUGGAGUGUUAAGUGGUUCCUGAAAGUUUAGCUCUUUUUACUGUUUUCUUUUGGGUUGGUUAGAUUACUGCAUCAGAAGUAGUGCAUUUAGUCUUAGUAAAAUGAAUUUUUAAGGGGGAAAACCCUUUUGUAGACAUGUGGUCCAAUAAUUGAAUUACAGUUAUGGCAGGAAAUGAGAGAUUUGAAUUAGCUUCAUCCAGUUCUGUGUGGGGUUUUACGGCCAAUUAUCCAGAUGGGCCGAGGGGGAGUUUCUCUGGCCCAAAUUUCGAUAGGUCUGGUAGCUUCAAAGAGAGUGCUGAGAGCCGGAUGUUUGGUUCUGGGAUGGGCACGUCGCGGGGGAGUGGUUCACUGACUGGGGAUUUGCCCCCAUUUCGACAGAGUCUGAUGCUGGAGCCGAUUGUAAUGGGUGAGCAAAAAUACACACGAUCAGGCGAGUUAAGGAGGGUUCUCGGCAUUUCUGUUGGCUGUACCUCGGAAGACAAUUCAUUUGGAGCUACUCAUCUCAAGCCUUCCCCAGCUGUGGCUAUGGAGGAUCUGAAGCGUGUCAGAGCAAGUAUUAUAGAUACCUCUAUCAAAGCCAGGGGUAGAACAAAGAAGUUGGAAGAACUCUUACACAACUUGGGCAAAUAUCACGAAGCUGUGACCUCUAAGAAGCAGAGGCGGAAUGAGCUAUUAAAAAUCGAACGAUCAGGUGGGUUGAACUUGAAGAUGGGAAUCCAGAUUCAACGAACUUCGCCAGAACUUGUAACUCAGAAAUUGGAUGAUCGGCCUAAGAAUGUUGGUCUGAAUAAGCGUGUACGCACAUCAGUAGCAGAAACACGGGUUUGUAGUUGAUAUAAUGCUGCAGUUUGAUCUCUACUGACAUUUUUGAAACUAUCUUUAAUUUUAGUUUUUCUAAAAAGAAGCUUCCCAUUUUUGUAUUCUGAACUUGUCCUUCCGUUAUACUCACUACCUGCAUUUCUGUAAUAUGUGAUACACCACUUUUUGUAUUAUUGCAAGUUGGAAAGCACCGUGUUGUUUUUGAUUUAGUUUUUGUUUUGACCCGCCAUUAUGUCAGACAUUGUGUCCACCUUUGAUUUGGUUAUUGCUUUUGUAAUGCUUUCGUUGUUGAUAAAAUUAAUGUUUUUAUCGAAAAAAAGGAAGUGUCUUAUAUAGAUGAUGUAUUAAUCAUUAAAGAAAACUGAACUUAAAAGUCAUUUAUUGAAAUUUUAAAAUGCCUUUUUUCUCAUGUGUAU